GGGAAGCGUGCGCGUGCGCGUAGCGGGUGCUGGUGCGGGGCCCCUGGUGCCGGGUGGCAGCUGCGGAGGUGGAGGCGGUGGCCACUGUGCCCGGAAGCUAGCUGUGCUGCAGGAGCUGCGGCUGCUGCUGCCACUGCAUAGAAGUAACCUCUUGGACCAGCCCUUCCUCACUCUCUGGAGAUGGCAGGCGAGAUCACAGAGACCGGGGAGCUCUAUUCUCCUUAUGUCGGGCUGGUGUACAUGUUUAACCUCAUCGUGGGCACAGGUGCGCUCACCAUGCCCAAGGCCUUUGCCACCGCCGGGUGGCUCGUCAGCCUCGUUCUGCUGGUAUUCGUAGGCUUCAUGAGCUUUGUGACAACCACCUUUGCCAUGGAAGCCAUGGCUGCAGCCAAUGCCCAGCUCCGCUGGAAGAGGAUGGAGACCCACAAGGAAGAGGAUGACGAAGACUCAUCCACAGCCUCAGACAGUGACCUCCUCAGCCAAGACAACUACGAGAGGGCAGAGAAACGCCCCAUCCUGUCCGUGCAGAGACGCUCAUCCGCCAACCUUUUUGAAAUCACAGACCGGGUGGAAAUGGGACAGAUGGCUUCCAUGUUCUUCAAUAAAGUGGGGGUCAACUUGUUCUAUUUCUGCAUCAUUACUUACCUGUAUGGAGACCUCGCCAUCUACGCGGCCGCGGUGCCCGUGUCCCUCAUGCAGGUGACCUGCAGCGUCUCCGGAAAUGAGUCUUGCGGCGUGGAUACAGACGCCAGAUACAACGACACUGAUCUGUGCUGGGGCCGCCUGCGCCGGGUGGAUGUCUACCGAAUCUAUCUGGCCAUCUUCACGGUUCUCCUUGGCCCGUUCACCUUCUUCGAUGUCCAGAAGACUAAGUACCUACAGCUCUUGACCUCUCUGAUGAGAUGGAUCGCCUUUGCCAUCAUGAUUGUGCUGGCCCUGGUGCGCAUCGGGAAAGGACAAGGAGAGGGGCACCCGCCCCUAGCCAACUUCUUGGGGGUCCAGAACCUGUUUGGGGUGUGUGUCUACUCGUUCAUGUGCCAGCACUCCCUGCCGUCCCUCAUCACCCCCAUCUCCUCCAAGCGCCACAUCACACGGCUGCUGUUCCUGGACUACGCGCUGAUCCUGGCCUUCUAUGGCCUCCUCUCCUUCACGGCCAUCUUCUGCUUCCGUGGGGACAGCCUCAUGGACAUGUACACCCUCAACUUCGCGAGGUGUGACGUUGUGGGCCUUGCAGCAGUCCGGUUCUUUCUGGGCCUCUUCCCCGUGUUCACCAUCAGCACCAACUUCCCCAUUAUUGCGGUGACCCUGCGCAACAACUGGAAGACGCUCUUCCACCGUGAAGGUGGCACCUACCCAUGGGUGGUAGACCGAGUGGUGUUCCCCACGAUCACCCUGGUGCCUCCCAUUCUGGUGGCCUUCUGUACCCAUGACCUGGAGUCCCUGGUGGCCAUUACAGGAGCCUAUGCAGGCACCGGCAUCCAGUACGUCAUCCCUGCCUUCCUGGUGUACCUCUGCCGCAAGGACACCCAGCUGACCUUCGGCUAUGGAACCGUCAACAAGCAUAGGUCCCCGUUCCGCCACACCUUCUGGGUGGCCUUUGUGCUUCUGUGGGCUUUCUCCUGCUUCUUCUUUGUCACGGCCUACAUCGUCCUCAAGGAGACCCAGCUCUGAUAGCAGAUGCAUCUGACAACAGGAGGCAGAGACAGCCCAGCUCCAGCCUUCCUGCAUCAAAGCAGGAUUUAGCUGCCACCCGGGUCUACAUGAACGUGCUAGGCUGGGGCUCUCAGAGAAGGCCUUCUACGUCUCCAGCUGCUGUCUUCUCCCCACCCAGGACGUCACCCUGCAGGACAGCCCUCCUGCAUGGGAACAUGGUUGUCACACACAUUCCUCCACUCCUGCCACUGGAGGCUGGCUCCCUCCUCUGCAGUGGAGGAGACAGUGCUGACCCUGCUGCUAUUUAUAUUAGACCCCGUGCCCCCUAUUGCACCCUCAACCAUCCACUAGCAGUGGCUGCCUCCUCAAAGGUGAAUCCCAGUCCCUGGCUCUCCUAACCUGACCUGCUUGGAAGGGCAGGGCCCUCUUCCCUGCCAAUCCUGACAGUUACUAAGUUGUUUUUACCCCCUAUGGGCGGCCCAGCCAGCUCUAGUGACAAAGACAGGAAGUGCUAAUUGGCACCAGGGUCUCUAGGCAAGAGCCUGCGAGAGCGUCUGCUGUGGGUGCCGGCUCUGGCAACAGCAGACAGAUGAAGCAUCCUUCCCCAGGGUUUAGAGCCCUUUGCUUGGGUCCCUGAGAGGGGUCCUGUGUCCCCUGGCUUCUCCUUUGGAGCCCAGGGGCCCCCUGAAAUGCGGGGUACCACUUGAGAAGCUGCCCUCAUCACCCCCACACAUACACACCCAUUGUAGCUGACCACCCUGGACUUAAAACAGGGAAAGCACAGAGAGACUCUGCAAAAGGUCAGGCUGGUAUCAGGCAGCCCAGCUUGCAGCCAGGCUGCAUUGCCACACUAAGGUGGUGCCCUUUGGAGCCUGGUCAUGGGUGCUCAGUGGCCACCCUCUCCAGGUCCCUGGCUACCGUGGAUCUGGAGGGGGUGCAUACCACCAUUCCUGCGGAAGGAGGCUAGGCUCCCAGCUGCCUCCUGUUGAGUUACACAUGCGCCCACUAGGCCUGAUGCCUUGGAAUGAUGAGUGAGUGAUGAACUGCAUUUUCUAUGUGCCUUCUGCUUUGGGCACCAGGGAUCUCUCCUGACCCUGACUUGCCCCAGCCCUGGGCCUAGUCCCACCUGUCCUGGACAGAACUGCCUCUGGGGUAGAGGGUCUCAGACCCCUGCCCCCUCCCUCUUGAUUUCAGUGCCUUGCUCCACCCUAGUGAGGGAACUUGCGCCAGCCACCUCUUCCCUUUCUACAUCUUGCCCGCCAUAUUUAAAGCUUGAACUCUGCUGUGUUGUUGGAUGUCCCAGGACCCAGGAGGCUGUGCAGAACCUGCCAAGAAUGUGGGACCCACUGGCAGCACCUGCCACCUCUGGUCCCAGCAUCCCUGCCCCUAAGCAUCUCCAGGUGGAGGUGGGUCAGGCUGCAGCUUCUUACAGCUGUCCCACAUCAAUAGUUCCAGCCACACGGAAGACAGACGUCCCUACACCGGUCUGUCAGUGCAGCAUCUUCCCAGGAGGCCCUGCCCCACAGUGCGCCAAGUAAGGAAAGCAAUACAGUAGCAGACCCAGGAGUAAAGGACAGCUGUCCAUCAUCCCUGCCCUGCCCCGCCCCUGUCUCGGGCUGUUUGCUGAGAACUCAAUUAAAACAUCUGUACUUAACCUUCUCCCUCUUGCUUAAGGACAAAGCAAAUUAAAUCUUCCUUCUGCAACACACACACCUCACCCCACCCCCAGGCUCCAAACUGAAUUUUGGUGGAAAAUUUAUUAGCAUCAUAAAGCCCGAGUUGAUUUACGUGGCAAUCUGGAGCCACACACAGCAGCCGCUGCGCUCCCCACCCCCAAGUUAAGUUAGGGAAGCCCCAGCCUGGGCAGGAGGAGGGACAGGCUGGCCACAUCACUGAUGCCAAGCCAACCUCCCCACUGUCUGGUUUCUGUGCUGCUUCAUCUCCACCUAUUGUCUGACCUGCUAGAAGCCACAUGAGGUCUUAUCACACCAGGCCUCUGUCACCUGUAGCCAGGAGUGUUAGGCACAGGAGAGGACUGGGGGGAAGGGGGUGUUAGCAUUUGUGGGUAUCAUUUGUCGUCCCCCCUCCCACACACACAGGCAUUGAGCACACUAAAUAUUUGUAUACCACCUGGGUAAGGUGAUAGAUUAGGUCAUGGCAUCUGCAAAGAGGCCCCGGGGUUCGUGGUCCAGAGGACAGCAACAAGCCCACCCAGCCUGGCCCCAGAUCCGAGUCUCUGAAACUCAGCCAUUGUCACUGCCAUCUUUCUGCCUUGCUCCGGACCCAUCCCGAGGGCAGGGCAGGUCAAGGUGGGAACGAUCAUUCUCCAGAGCUCCAGAUCCGGCUGAGCAUCCACACGGUGCCAGGGGCCCUGGCUGUGCCUCACAUGAGGCUGGUAGAUGGGGCAGAUGGCAGGUGUCAGGCUGUGAGGCACUGCGGAGCAGUAAAAAGUGGCAUUGGGCACCAGGCCAGACCCAAAGCCACACAGCUGUCCUCACCACAUGGGGCCAAGAGCCUCAGCAACAGGCAGUGGCUGUCUCUUGGGGCUCUGGCUGAAGAGAAGUAGGUGGUUCCAGACCCAGGGGCAGAGGAAGGCUGACGUCUAAGGAGUAAAGUGCCAAGCAAGUGAAGUGCAGGGGCUGCUGAAAGCUGAGACAGCCAGGUGGCAGCAAGCCCUGUCAACCUUCCUCCCCGAGGCGGGGGUUGGGGGGGGGAGCAUGCUGUGUGCCUGGUAUAGUGCUGGAUACAUUGUGAGGACCAAACUGUCAUAACCCCCAUACCCCAUGGCCUCUAAGCAGCAAGCAUCUGUAACCCUCCCUCUUAUGGGGACCUCCAGAUCGUAGGUCGUGGAAACUAAAGGACUGAGCUUAUCCCAGCACCAAAGUCCUUAAUAAAGCUGCUAUUACCCAC